UUUUUUAGUCUUCGUAAUUGGUAAUUAAAAAGAAUAAUCCGAAAAAUUAAUUUUUUUUCGUGAUCCUAUCGGCAAGAACUCGGACCAAUGAAACAACUGUUGCUACUUUCGAUUACGUUAAACGUAAUUCAUAGUAUUCGACAUGGUGAAGAUAGGUCAAGAUUCACAGGCCACGUGGUGGGGGGAGUGUAUGUACCCAUAGUGAUGUACCCGCACGUUGCUCAGGUUCACUCCCUUUACACUAUCUGUGGUGGCUCAGUCAUUAGCGACCGUGUCGUUAUAACCGCGGCUCACUGCUUAUACACGACGGAUAUGGAAACAAAAUUGGAAGCAAAGGAACUUUAUGUUUAUCUUGGAUCCGACGUAUUAGAUCAAGGUGUAAAAUAUAGCGUUUGUAAAGUUGUAACGCACGAGAGGUAUCGGGGCCAAGAUGAAGUAAACUUUUAUUUCUAUGAUAUUGGAUUACUUUUACUAUCACGUAAAAUAAGAUUUGGUCCUACGAUCAAAAAAGUUAAGAUAGCGGGAAACAGUAAAUUCAGAAACACUAAAUAUAGUUUCACAUUAGCCGGCUUCGGAGCUGUUACGAAUGUUUCUCCAGCCACCGCCUCCAUAAAGCUUAAAGCGACCCGAAUGUACUACGUGAGAACAAAAACAUGCAAUGAAAGUCAGUCUUUUAGAGAGGUAAUGACUGUACCAAAACACAUGUUUUGCUUGAUCGGCCAAGGUUGGACUAGCGAUUGCUUCGGCGAUUCAGGCUCUGGGAUUAUUUGGAAGAGGUACUUGGUAGGGUUAGUAUCGACGGGGCGAGAUGUCGCCUGCGGUUCAGAUACACUUCCGUCAAUGUACACUGACGUCGUGUAUUUCAGGAAAUGGGUCAAAGCGAAGACACUCGAACUAGAAUCUACCCCUGUCGAACAAUGUCGAAGUAAACAAGAAAGCGAAAAAUUUUUAAAAUCUAAGAUGGAAUUAACAGUAAAAUUAACUUGAACGAUUACG